GGGCGGGAAGAGCGAACCAAGCUGACUGUGGAAGCUUCAGUGAUCGAAUUGGCCGCACAUUUCUUCUAAUUUCCUCUGCAGUUGGGAGUUUACAUAUUUAAAUGCUAGACGGGACACUGCGAGGUCUAGUGCACAGGUUAUAAGCGGUCCAUUUAGGAACAUUAACGGGAUUUUUGUUAGUACAGGGCAGAUGGAGGAUCCUCCUGCAGAUUCUGGCGGUGGUGACGGCGGUGCAGCAGCUGAGGGCCCCGUGGUGCAGGUGGCAGAUAUCUGCUGGCCAACCGGGGCUCUCCCUCUGCGACUUCUGGAGUGGAAAGUCAAACCCGGGGCUCUUGUUAAUGUGGACUCUGUGCUUGCACUGUGUGCCCCCAUACCUCAGGAGAGGGGGUCAGAGGCUCCCAGGCUGCCUGAGAAGAAGGUGAAAUCGGACCGAGCUGGAGUAGUUAAGGAGCUAUGUUGUCAACUUGGACAAGUCAUACACCCGGGGGGUGUGAUCAUCAGAAUCGAGGAAUGCAACCAUCCUAUUGUCAUGAAGGGUUUAUGUGCUGAAUGUGGUCAGGAUCUGACUCAGCUGCAGAGCACAAAUGGGAACCAGCAAACUCUCAUCUCCACGGCAACAGUCUCCAUGGUGCACAGUGUCCCUGAGCUCAUGGUCAGCUCAGAGCAAGCUGAACAGCUCGGCCGAGAAGACCAGCAGAGACUCCAUCGAAACAAAAAGCUGGUCCUGAUGGUGGACCUUGACCAGACUCUUAUCCACACUACUGAACAGCACUGCCAACGAAUGUCAAACAAGGGCAUUUUCCACUUUCAGUUGGGGCGAGGAGAACCAAUGCUUCAUACACGACUACGCCCACACUGCAAGGAAUUCUUGGAGAAAAUUGCCAAACUCUAUGAGUUACACGUCUUCACAUUUGGGAGCCGCCUUUACGCACACACCAUUGCUGGUUUUCUGGACCCAGAAAAGAAGCUUUUCUCUCAUCGGAUUCUUUCAAGAGAUGAAUGCAUUGAUCCUUUCUCCAAGACAGGAAAUCUAAGGAAUCUUUUCCCCUGCGGAGACUCAAUGGUCUGCAUAAUUGACGACCGUGAAGAUGUGUGGAAGUUUGCACCAAAUCUCAUCACUGUGAAGAAAUACAUUUACUUCCAGGGCACAGGAGACAUCAACGCUCCCCCUGGAUCACGAGAAGCUCAGAUGGCAAAGAAAGGAGGCCCGUCAAGUCGGUCAGCAGAGAGCACAGAGCCUGGGGGGACCCUUGGUCCUGAUGAGCUGAGCAAUGGCCCCAGGAAAAGGGCUAAAGACCAAAACAUUUCAGAAAAGGAAGAGUCCACAACAUCACAGCCUUCUCAGGGACUUUCCACAAAUGAACGGACACAUCCCACAGGGGUCGUUGCAGAUGAAUCAGGUAAAGGGUCAGAAACUGAAGCAGAGUCUGGGCUGGGGUCAAAGGACUCUCUGGUAGAUGACAGAACAAAUGUUAAGGAUGAAGAAAGUAACAAAACACCAUCGACAGGAGAGGCACAAGGCGGUGCACACUCAUCAGUACCAAGCCACGACUCCAAUAAUUUGGACUUUGACCUUUCCAGUGACAGUGAUAAUGACUCUCUUACAGAAAAGCCGCCCUCUUUAGAGAGUGAUAGUGAAAUCAAGUCGACAAAAUCUGGACAGGAGGGAGUCAUGCAAGAAUCUGGUGAUGGUGCUGGUGUGAAGGAAGCAGACAGUAAAGAUGGCUGUGAGGGAGAAAACAGCAGUGACAUAGCAGAGCAGUCGGGAGUUCUUCUCCCUGACCCUGAGCUGGGAAACGGCUGCCCAGACCGGAGAGAACCGGAAACAGAAUCCCAGAAUAGCGAACAAUCUGGGGUCACAAUGGGGGAGGAGUUGCUGGACCAGAGUAUGGAAGAUGAAGAGGAGGAGGAAGAGGUCGAUACUGACCAAGAUGAUCACCUGAUCUACCUUGAGGAAGUGCUGGAAAGGAUCCAUGCAGAGUACUACGCACGAUACCAGGCCUACCUGAAGAAGGAGGCAUCUGAAACACCAGAUAUCCGUAAGAUUGUCCCAGAGCUGAAAAGCAAGACACUGGAGGGCACAAUGAUAGUGUUCAGCGGCCUGUACCCGACAAACUACCCCAUGGAGAGGACUCGGGAGUUUUACCAUGCCAAAGCACUUGGGGCUAAAAUAGGCAAGAAUCUGGUUCUUAGCUCCAAAGAUCCAAGUCGGACAACGCAUCUCAUCGCAGCAAGAGCUGGCACAGAGAAGGUCCGCCAAGCACAAGGCUGCAAGCAUCUCCAUGUAGUCAACCCUGACUGGCUGUGGAGCUGUCUGGAGCGCUGGGAGAGGGUGGAGGAGCAGCUGUACCCCCUCAAAGAGGACUAUUCCAGAACACCAAGGAGUAAUAGUCCAGCAGCAUUUUCUGAUAAUCCCGGCUUCCUGCAGAAGCCUGUUUUCCAACCCUCAGCCAUUCAUCAAAGACCUCCAGCUCCAGCCCCUGAGGUCCGAACCUAUGACCCUGUAACCGGGAAGUUGAUCCGCAGGGGCCCUCAGGUGUCACGGUUAUCACCCUACCUCCAAACAUCAGGGUCUUUGUUGCUCUCUGAUCAAAGGGAGCAGUCUUGUCUCAGGGGAACUUCACAGAGUCAGCAAGAUGACACAGCAGGACCCAGCCAAGACGACGAGCAGCCGGGACCGUCACGUCGGAAACGACAGCCGAGCAUGUCAGAAACUAUGCCUCUGUACACUCUGUGCAAAGAAGACCUAGAGAGCAUGGACAAAGAGGUGGACGACAUCUUAGGCGAGGAGAGCGACAAUGAAAGUGAGGGCAAAGGGAAGGAGAAGCCAGGCAAUGAGGAGGUGGAUGAAGAAGAGGAGCAGCAGCGGCAGCCAGGAGUUGGAGAGAUAGCAGGAAGAGGGCCCGAUCCUAAGGUGCUGGGCAUGGAGGAAAGCAUGCAGACACAGUUUCCGGCCAGACUGCAGGACAGUGUUCCAAGGGGCCACAAACGCAAGCUUGAUGACUCCAGGGAGGAGGAGGACGAUGACAGGAAAGAGGUAGCAGUGGAAUCUGCUGAUGAGUCUUCUAGAGACUCCAACGAGGAAGAGGGUGGCAGCAGCUCGGAGGCAGAUGAGAUGGCAGCCGCCUUGGAGGCAGAAUUAAAUGACUUCAUGUGACAUAGAAGAAGAAGAAGAAGAAGGAAGAAGAAGAAGGAAGAAGAAGGAAGAAGAAGAAGAAGAAGAAGAAGAAGAAGAAGAAGAAGAAGAAGAAGGGACUCGGUCAUAGAGAUGAGUCCCAGUCACCCGAGCAAAUGGUACAUGAAGAUCCUAUUUUUCUGGUUCCGUGUCUGUGUGAGUUGGGUGUAUGAGCCAUGAGUGUGUGUUGUGAUAAAAAUGAAUGUCCUGUACAGAUUUAACUUUGUCGCUGUGUAAAUAAAGGUUUAAUUUUUUUGUAGCAUUGAUAUUUGGCCUUUUUGGCUUAAAACAGUUUGACAUUAACAUUUUAUUGUAAAAUAACAAAAACCACAGGAGACAUGGAAUUUGAUACUCUUUUGUUUUACUUUUUUCUAUUUCAAUUUUUUAUAUUGAUGAGAUGAAGCUUAAUGAAAUUUUUGUGGUCGUACAUGCCAAAGAGUUUGGAAAAGGUAUGCCAAGGCGUGUAGCUAAUUGUUUUACUCUGGACUUCCAGUUUUACUUUUCUUUUGACCUGAGCAGUUUUUUCAGGUCAUAAAUGCAACCAGCGGAUCUAGACGUUUGAAUGUGAUUUUUCAAGUCAUUUAUUCUCCUCAUGGUGUUUGUACUUUUGAUAACAUAAGAUUCUGAUUCUGUUGGAACCAGCCCCUUGAUGCACUAUCACCUGAACUGAACCCAACAUAAAUCAAAGUUUGUCUUUUUUAUGUGUUUAAUAAGUGUUAGCUUACAUUUACCCUUGUCAGCCUAGUUUUACUUUCUGUUUUAUACAAUUCAAAACAGCAGGCACUCUCACAAGGUCACAACCAAUGUUCACUGCAGUUUCUAACUUGUAAAGACAUUAUUCACUCAGAAAUGUGUAUUGCUGUGUUGCACACAGAUAAUUGUUUUUGGCCCCAUUUGUGAAGCAAAGAUUGAAUACAUUUCUACCUCCAACCCAAGCAUGGUAUGGAGGGACCAGCAGGUUUCAGAAGAAAAAAACUGAUGGGGCAAUCGUUGGAAAUGGAAUAAAAGGGGUUGCAGAGUGUAACAUCUCUCUCAAGAAUAAUUGUUUUCAUGUUCACAGCCUGCACCUUUUAGCGCUGGCAGCAGCUUCAGAGAGCUUUUCACCAGCAUUUAUUGUUAGGUUACAAAAGAUGACUUCUGCUUUCCUCUGUAUUAUCUAAAAAAGCCUGGCCUAGACUAAAAGAUUUUUAAAAUCCUAACUGAUUUUAUACAUGCAAAACCCCACAAAUGGUGGCAAAUGACAGAUUUAACCAUUUUGAUUUAUAGUGUGUCCAUUUAAGAAGAUGACCACAACAAUACGCCAUACACUAACAAAUUUAUUCCCUAUCAACCAGAGUCUCCACUCUAGAAACUCCAAAUUUUGCGAAGUAGGUGUCAGACUUAAUAACAACAAUCUAAAUGUGUCAUCAAGUUGGUCUUCCAUUUCUGACAUCCAUCAAACUAAAUGCUUCAGUUUUACCAUCAUUGUCAUGGCUGUGUUCGUUGUGCUUCCUCCUUCUGUCAGCUUACAUCCUGAUUGGCUGUUACAAUUUAAAAAAUCCUGCCCAUGGCUUCUUGAAUAUCUUUUGUGUUCCCCUAUUUAAUAGGUUUCUGAUUGUAAAUAUUUAACUUCAAUAAGUAGAUCUCAAAUUGGAGCAUUUCCAAUCAGAUUGGAGAGGGUAAAAACACUUUAAAUACACCACAGGAAAUUCUGGCAAGAAAAUCUUUAAAACCAUCCAAUAAUCAGGUCUUUGCUGACUUUGGUUGUAAGGGAGAAAUCAGGCCAAAAAUUAGCAUGAUUAUCUAGUAGUGUGUGUCGGGCUUAAUGUUUCUAAAAAGCUCUGCAUGCUGAAUAUUUCCUUUACUCAAGGACAUGUCACCAAGGAAACUAUUUGUCUUGACCUGGCUUUAGCAGCAGCUGAAGAUCUGGAAAUUUAAAUCCUGGACAAGAUGUGUCAGAUUAGUCUCACCUCUGCUGUUGUUGACAAAGCCAGUAUCAUAAGUCCUGUCCCUUCGUGAUUUUACGCGGUCAUUGAGGGAGAAUUGGCAUAGGUGAGGGGGACACUGUCUUAGAAGUUAAACUAUUUUCAACUUAGAGCACAGUGAGUGCAGAAAAAAAUUGCUCACCUGAUGCUGAGAACACUGAUAGCUGAAAAAACAUUGUACAACAUUAGCUUUGUAUUAAGAUGAGUGCUGCCAGCACCAAAAGAAAUGGCUAUGGACACAAGCCCUUAUUUCAGGGUACUGUUAUGAAUGCUGUCAACAAUUUAGAACAAUUCAUGGGCAGAAAGUUUCCUGUGGAAAGCAGCAGCCUACAAGGAUUUUUAAGAAUAACAUGGGCAUUUAUUGGGAAGAGAAGAACCUGAGCAAAAAAGAUUUUUUUUUAACCUGCCUGUCAAAAAUAAUGAAUGCCUCAUAGUCAAAAGUAGUCAUAACAGCGGAGGGUUCACCAGCAUCGAAUCUGUUUGUUGCUCUUUGGUUCUUACCAGCGUGUUUGCAGAACAUAACUACUCUGUGUGCGCUUCAUUCACAUCACACUUUACGGGAUUUCAUUUUUUAAGAUCAAAUGCCUCAAUAUCACUGUCUUUUUGAACCACUGUCAUGCAAAGUUGCCUAGUGUGACUCAUAGAGUACAUAGUGUCAAGGUUGCUUUCAUUCUGCUUGUAUAAAUGUUUUCCUAUCUAUUAAGAGUGAAACCCACAGCACUGAGUUUUUGUUUCUGUCUCUACUUCACAAGUGGGAAAUCUGUAAUAUGCAUUUAGUCUAUAGAAGUAAAAAAGUGUCCAGAGGCAGAGAUGUCUGGGUCUCUGCUGGAUAAAUUAUUUACCCUCACCUUCACCUAAAACACCCAACAAAACAUUAAGAUGUUCCUUUCACAGUACGAGUUGUUUUGUUUGUGUUGGUGGUGGUGAUAUUUUAUUAAAAAUUUCUGUGAAACAGCUGACAUGUAAAGUAUUUGUAAAGUCUAUUUCCUACUUGACCC